AUGGGUUGUGGAGCAUCUAAAGCGGGUCCUUGUAUUCCCGUUCAAGUUCCCUGCGCCGGUAAGUAUUUUAAAGGCUAAAACAUCUUUCCCGAAAUUCAAAUGAUUCACGCAGCCCACAGAAACUUAAAUUAAGUGUCUACUUAUCCAACUGGCAGGAUAUCACUUUUAAAUUCACAAAUCAAAAUUAACUGUUUUAAUCAUUGUUAAGGCCCAUCAUUCAAAGAUACAGGUCGCUUUACCGAGCAUACAAGAUGAUAAUUGUAUGAAAUUGUACUUGCUUUUCGAAGUUUCCUUCUCUAGGUUUUCUGUAAGUAUUAACUUCAUUAACGCUUUCUUUUACAGGGAAGACCUCACGCGGGUUGAACAGCUCAUCUAAAGACAACAAACCAAAAACAUCUUCACCAAAAACUAAUAAGGCGGCAGAGUUGAGAAGGAAGGCCAAUGAGGCCAAACUUAGUGAGUUUUAAAAAAAGUGGAUCAAAAUUGUUAUUAAUUUGUUUUCUAAAUGCUUUUUAUGGUACUUAUCACUUUGUUAAGUAUAUUAUUAUUAUUAUUAUUAUUGGUUUUUCUUACUAUUAUUUUAUUUUUUUAAAGGCUGGUAACUCUCAGUAUUGUGAAACCCCUUUCAUCUGUUACUAUCCAGAGACUAAUUUAAUUAACCUUGUUGUUUCCACGUUUUACCAUUAGGACAAAGGGUAAUUAUCCAAUGCAGCCUUUUAUUUGUUGUUUUUAAUUUUCAUAAUUUUCUUAUUUUUUCCAAUUUUAUUAUAUGCAUACUGACCCUGGUUGUUAAAACAAUGGAUAGGACUAUCUAAUGGGUAAAUCAUUAUCCAGGAGAUAAGUGUUAGGGAAAUCAAUUAUUAUGCUAUCCACUAGAUGGACAUUAUUCACUGGAUAGCGCUAUCCACCAGAAAUUACCAACAGGUGUGAAGAGGGCCACAAAAAUAUUUUCAGUCUCAAGGAUAUGUUUUAAAUACUUAUUGUGUUCUUGUUUUUUUAUUUAUUUAUUUUUUCAGAAAAGGUUAACAGUUCCAACUCAAGUACCUCACUAAAGAACAGUGCAUCUAAAUGUACAAAAGGAAAAGUCACAACCUGCCAAGUCAUAAAAUCAAGCCCAGCUGCCACAAGGCCAAAACAAAACACUGUGGCAAUUAAGGCAACACCAAAAAACUUGCCUUCUUCACAGCAAAAAACAGCCAAGAACACUACUGAGGAAAGAUCAGCAAGUUGCCAGUCUGUGAAAAAAGAUAACUCAAAUUCAAAGUCAGCAAAGGACAGCACUUUGGGCACCAAAAAUGAGGCUAAAAAAUGCUGCCAGCCGUCUAAAAGGACUCAGUCCAGUCCAACUUUAAAGACGAGUUCACCUGAUAUCACCACCGAAGCUAAACAACUAAGCAGUCAGUCUUCACGAAGGCCAACAUCAAGUCCUACAAAAAAACAGGAACAACCUUGUGCAAGUGAUGCAAAAGGACCAAGCUGUCAGCCAAAGGCCAGUUCUACUUCAAAGGACAAACAUGCAAGGAGUGCUUCUGAGAAAAAACAAUUAAGCUGCCAGCCUGAACAACCCAAUUCAUGUUUGUCACUAAAGGAAAAUCUGCCUUUGAAAGAGACCAAGGCUGAGGCAAAACAUGAACGUUCCCAAAGGACAGUGCGACCAAAGUCAAGCCCAAUUGACAACAAGAGAAACCAAACAUCCCCAAAGCCUGCAAAAAGACCACAGUCAGGUCCACCUUUCAAAGCCCAUCCAAUCAAGACCAUCAAUGAGGCAAAACCACUUGGCCACCAGUCCAUCAAACAGCCCAAGGAAGAUCUACCUAAGAAAACCAGUGCAGCAAAACAAAAAAGGUGUCAGUCUUCUAAAAGCCCAGUGUUGUGUCCUGCAUCAAAGGAAAAUUCAUCCAAGACUGUUGAAACCCAUGGGACAGGGCAGCAUGCAGCUUUGGAAGCUAAAAGUCUUGCUGAUAAAACAGGAGAGCAGUCACCAGUGAAUGAGGUGACCACGAAGGAGGUACUCAAGGAGGGAGCCACCAUUAGAGAAGGAGUUGUUGUAGAUAACAUUCAGGUAACUAAAUAUUCUAGAAGUGACUUAAUAGUUGUGAUAAAUACAGGAAGUAGUAGUAUUUUCUUUUAUGUAAAGUUAUGGACUUAAAAGGUUAGAGCGAAACCAUUAAUCAACAGUCCAGCAAACUCUUUGCCGUAAAAACUUGAGCACAAAGAAAACCAAACCAAAUAUAGAAAAAUGACCAGUAAGCCUCGGAGUCGUGUUAGAAUAAUGAUUUUAAUAUAUCGAACAUAGGCUAUCGUGAUCAUGAUUCUAAGAGAACUGAGAGAUUCACAUAGUUCACUUUUUUCUUCCAACAGGAGUCCUCUGCCUUAGAGGCAGAACUUGAUAAUUUCAUUGCUGAGGUUCUCCAGUCACAGCUGAGUCUCAUUCAAACGGUGCCAUCUCCAGAUAAGAGUCCUAAGCCUCACAACACACAGUCUCCUACCACAAACUCACCUACUGCAGAGCUAGGUAACUACAUGAACAUUAAGGCCAUUUGCCAGAUUCAUUCCUUUCAAAGUAACACUAGAAAGUACCACAUUUCAAGAAUAUAAAAAUGGUUUCAAGAACAAAAUGCUUUAUGGAUCUUAAGACCUAAAAGACCCUUAGGAUUUAAAAUUGCAAAGAUAGAAAAAACUUGGUUUGCUUUGGGACCAUUAUUUUGAUCCCAAUAUACAUGUACAUGUAUACUGCUACUCCUUAAAGAAUGUACUUCAUAAGAACAGCACAAUGGUCCACUGUCUGUGAGACCUUAAUGGUAUUAAACCAUUUAUAUACCUUAAAUGAAAGAUGUGGUGAAUUUAUGUUGGUGUGUGGUGAGGAUACAAUGACUUAACAAACAUAAAUUUAAUUUGCAAUUCAACACAACUAAUAUUGUUGUUUUUGAUCUUUGAAACCACCCUUCCGUUACAGGUCUCGUGCAACAAGCCCAGUUCAUGGGCUCUCUAACAGAUGCUGCAGUAAAAGUCAAUAAUGAUUGUCAAAAGAGUUCCAACAGCUCAACAGCAGUCCUUAAUGAAAGAGAAAUGAGAAAUGGCAUCUCUCAAAUCACUCAGAAAGCCUCAUCCCCUACAGGCAGAAAGGAAGACAAGAAUUUUGAAGUGAAUAGUUCAUCGCCAGCUCCAAGUCAUUUGACUGUCUUCCCAGAUGAGAACACUGAAAUUGAUUCCAGACAGAUUAAUGGAGUAGAACAGUCCCAGUGUGGUGUGAAAAGGAGCUCUGGCAGCUUGAAGUCAUCUCCAAGUGCAAGAAGAUCUCAGGAAAAGGUUACUGUGGAGGCUAAGCGUAAAUGCAGCAAGACUUCAAUCAAUGAAAGAAAAUCACCUCUUCACUCCACACCUGAUUCAAAUGCCAGAAUAAGUAAUUCUGCAUCAAACUUGAGAGCAGGGGAUUCUCCUUCACACAGAGCCACACCUUUAAAAAGUAGGCCUUCCAGUACUUGUUCAACUACAGAUGCCUCAGUGAGUUCAAAGGGUCGUAAAUCCAGCCAGAGGCCCUUGUCAAGUGUAGAAGUGCCACCAGAAAAUACAAGCACAGGUGAUAACAGGCCACAUCCAAGGAAACAGUCACUGUCGCUGUAUGAUUUAAGGGGGUCUGAUGCAACAAAGUCACCAACACCACGCAGCAAAUUGUCUCAUGGUCAGGUGUCAGUUGCAAGCUCUGAAGGAAAUUUACAUUCAUCAAGAGUGCCCAGUGCAGAGAAGAAAGGACGCUUGACACCAAAGGAUUCGAAGAGUGAGUUAAAAGAUAAAGGAUUGAAAAUGAAUGUCUCUCAAGGGAUAAGAAGUACUUCUUCAACCACCUUGUCAAAGCAGUCAGUAAGCCAUAACUCCUCCAAAACCAGACAAAUGUCCCCUACUGCGGAUAAAGAACUGGAAAAGUCUGAGUCUGAUGACAAGGUACACCAAAUGCUGAGAGAACAAAAGAAUAUUGUCAAGAAACAAUAUGAAGAAGCAGAAAAUGCUAGACCAAAUGCUAAAGGGAAGACUGAAGCACGACACAGCCAGAACAGACUUUCCACAUGCAGUCUGCCUAAAGCAGAUCUGGAACAACGUCUAAAGAGUGGGAGACCAGUUAGCAAGGGGAGUAGUUCUUCCAUUGUCAGGUCAGAGGAGCAUUUGCACGGCACUCGAACGUCUUCACCAAAGCAAACAGACGUUUGUAAUUCAUCAUCAAAAAGUUCACUGAAAAGCACAAAUGAACGUUCUGGAAGUGCAGGCAGCUCAAGGCAUUCACCGAGAACUUUUGAGGUACUAGAUUCAACAAAAACUUUGCAGUUUUCUACACCAGCAUACUCAGAGGUGCAAUCUAGAAAAGCAAAAAGUAAAACCACACUAAACAAGAUGGAGAUAUUGAACACUGAGUAUGAACAAAAACAGGUGACCUUGUCUACACCAUCCUCAGCGAGGGCUGUAUAA